GGACUCUCGGUUCAGUCGGUUAGUGGUCAGACGAACAUACAUCAUGAAGACCUACUUUUUGAUUACAAUCCUAAUCGUGGCGCAAACAUCAGCCACGAUAGACGUCCAAAAGCUGAAAGAGAAUGUCGCAGAAAAAUUGCAAGCUUUGGAAGGCAAAGCUGCAACGACACUGCACCAACUAAUUGACAACAUUGACGUUGAAAAGGUGAAGAAAUACGACUUCCUUCACAUCAUACCGUUGGUGGAAACGAGCCAGCGUUUAAUUCAGAAGAAAAUUCAGAGUCUACCCAUGAUUAUACAGACAGGAAGCGAUAAUUUGAGGUUUUACUACCAAAAGUUGCAUAGUUUGAAAGGAAAGGACUUGAUUUUAGCGUUUCAUGCGGGGAUACCUUGGCCCGCAUUGAGGCGGACUGACGAAUUCGACGACUGAUUUUAAAUUAGGUAAUUUAUUUGAUACGAGCGUUGUUUGAAAUGUUGAAGGUUGACACGCUAUUUACCGCAAGGACGAUAUUGAAGUGGAAUAGAUAAUUCGAGUUUGGGUUUUUCAAAGAGGUAAAUCUUUGAUUGAGUAUAAAUUAAGAUUUGGAAUAUGACUGGAUGUUUUGGGUACAAGGUAUAUCAGUAUUAGAAUUUAGACGAUUUAUAUUAUACUUUAUGGAAACAAUAAUUCAUCAAGUUAGUUUUUUAUUGAUAUUUAUAAAAGAAAUCAAGCUUUAGAAACCCAAAACUUAUUAAUUUAUUGCAAAAUUAUAUCGGAGAUUCUGCCAUUUAUUGCUGUCAUGUACCAACACAUUGACCCUAUGAGUCCCGAAUUCUGAUGAGUACAUUGCAACCAUAGGAUCUCCUUAUUAGCCAUGACAAACACGCCUAUGAUCAUUGAUAGACUGUGUAAUUUCUUGCUUGAAUUUGAUGUGGACUUUAUUUAUAG